AUGGUCAAGACGCUCCGCUUUGGCGACAUUGAGGUCCCUGUCCCGGGCUUCGGAGCAAUGGGCUUUAAUCAUGGUCUUGGGACAAACUUCACCUUAGAGCAAGCCGAGCCCGUUCUACUCAAGGCCCUGGAGCUUGGAUGUACGUUCUGGGACACAGCAGUUAUCUACGGAUUCGGAGUUAACGAGAAGCUCGUUGGGGAUUUCAUCCGCAAACACAAUGUUCGCGACAAGGUCUUUGUUGCAUCCAAAUGCGGUAUCGAUAUGUCCAAGACUGGUAGCAACAUGGCCACGCCGCAGAUGACCGUCACCAACAAGCCUUCCCACAUCGGGGAAUACAUCGAGGGCACUAUUGAGAGACUCGGAUUCACCCCAGACUUCCCCGACGAUUUUGGUCCCACCGACGGCCGUCGCGGUAUCCCCAAAUUCCAAGGCGAAAACUUCUACAAAAACCGCGCUAUCGUCCCCGAGCUGCAGAAGCUCGCCGUCAAAAAGGGCUGCACCACUACGCAGGUCGCCCUGGCCUGGGUCGCCGCCCAGGGCUUCAUCGCCAUCCCCGGCACGACCAAGGCCCACCGGCUGGAGGAGAACUGGGCGUCACGGGACGUGGAGCUCACCGAGGCCGAGAUGGCCGAGAUGCGCCGCAUCGUUGAGGAGGCCAAGCCCCAGGGUGCGCGGUAUAGCGAGGCGCUGCAGAAGAUGGUGGGUCACUGA